UAUAAAACUAUUUUCAUUUGGAUAUUCUACCCGCGAAGUCAUGUAUCCGCACCCGAGUUUACGUAAAUAAAUUCCGUAAUACCUCUUACAGUGCCAACUCGCUUCCCACCACGUUUUACUUAGUGUUUUAAGUGAUAAAACUGUGAAGAGAACUCUUUUUGUAGUCGGUGAUAACUCGCUUGUUAUUAAACGGCCAUGUCGCGCGACAGAACCUCCCGGCGGUUCUACCGGGCUGAGUCCACCCACGACCUGCUGUCCUACAUGGACAAGGGACAGGCGGCGAGCGACGAGAACCGCUGGACCUUCGAGACUGCGUGGGAGGCUGCCAACAAAGUUGGUGGCAUCUACACUGUGAUCCGGUCGAAAGCCUACGUGUCUGUGGAAGAAAUGGGAGAAAACUACUGUUUGCUUGGUCCGUACAAAGAGCAUUGCGCCCGUCAGGAGGUUGAGGAGCAAGAUUUCCCCCCCAAUUCCCCCCUUUCUGCCGCCGUCAAUGCCAUGAGGAAUCAGGGGUAUAAGCUACACACAGGCACAUGGCUAGUGGACGGCAACCCUCAAAUAAUCCUCUUCGAUAUUGGCUCAGGCGCGUGGCAGCUGGAUGGUUACAAACAACAGCUCUGGGACACUUGCUCUUUGGGCAUCCCACACUUGGAUAUAGAAGCUAACGACGCUGUUAUACUGGGGUUCAUGGUUGCCCAGUUCAUUACUGAGUUCAGAAAAGCUGCUGAAGGCUACAGCGACACCCCACCUCGAGUUGUGGCGCAUUUCCACGAGUGGCAGGCGGGUGUUGGUCUUAUAGUACUAAGAGUGCGUCACGUAGAUGUCGCCACGGUAUUCACCACCCACGCAACUCUGCUGGGCCGGUACCUGUGUGCUGGCAACACAGAUUUCUACAACAAUUUGGACAAGUUCUCAGUGGACGAGGAGGCGGGAAAGAGACAGAUAUACCACCGCUACUGUAUGGAGAGGGCAGCGGCGCAUAUGACACACAUUUUCACCACGGUGUCAGACAUUACAGGUUUCGAAGCUGAGCACCUUCUCAAACGCAAGGCUGACAUCAUAACGCCAAACGGCUUGAACGUGAAAAAGUUUUCAGCUUUACACGAAUUUCAGAACCUCCACGCUUUAGCUAAGGAUAAAAUACAUGAUUUUGUCAGAGGACAUUUCUAUGGUCAUUUCAACUUCGAUUUAGACAAGACGUUAUAUUUCUUCAUCGCUGGUCGAUAUGAAUUCGGGAACAAGGGAGCAGACAUCUUCAUUGAGGCUCUAGCCAGACUUAACCAUUAUUUGAAGGCUGCAGGGUCAGACAUGACCGUGGUAGCGUUCCUCAUCUUCCCCGCCAAAACCAACAACUUCAACGUUGAGAGCUUACGCGGUCACGCGGUCACUAAAGCGCUGAAGGAUACUGUACAGGAUAUACAGCAAAAGGUCGGGAAAAGGAUGUACGAGAUUUGUCUCAGGGGCCAUUUACCAGAGCCAUCAGAUUUAUUGCAUAAAGACGAUACCGUCCGGCUUAAGCGGUGUAUAUACGCGUUACAGCGAGACGGUCUCCCACCUGUCACAACUCACAACGUGGUGGAUGAUUGGAGCGAUCCAGUUUUGAACGCCGUGCGACGUUGCCAGAUGUUCAACACCGUCAAUGAUAAUGUUAAAGUAAUAUUCCACCCAGAGUUCCUAACCUCGACAAAUCCUCUCUUCGGCCUCGAAUACGAAGAGUUCGUGAGAGGAUGUCACCUCGGCGUGUUCCCGUCAUACUACGAACCAUGGGGAUACACGCCCGCCGAGUGUACCGUCAUGGGCAUACCUAGCGUCACCACUAACUUGUCAGGUUUCGGCUGCUUCAUGCAAGACCACAUCGCCGACCCCAUGUCCUACGGUAUCUACGUGGUUGACAGGCGGUACAUCUCUCUGGAGGGAUCUGUACAACAGCUGGCGCAAUACAUGUUUGACUUUACCAAAAUGACGAGACGGCAGCGCAUUAUUCAAAGGAACCGCACAGAGCGACUGUCCGACCUCAUGGAUUGGAGAAAUCUUGGAAUUUAUUACCGCCAAGCGAGAGCUCAAGCCCUCAAAACUGUGUACCCAGACUAUGUUGACCAAAUGUACAUCGAACUAGGAAAACGGUUCAACUAUCCCCGACCCAUCUCCGAACCGCCCAGCCCUACACACUCUAGAACAACGACACCCGCCGCGUCAGUCCACGGCUCCGACGACGAAGAUGAAGUGGACGAGGAGAAGGAACUCGCGGAAUUGAGGAUCAGCGACAAAUAAACAAAAUAGGAAUACAA